UAUGGUACUUACUAACAUGUCGAUGUCCCUAUAGUUGUAGCUUUGACGCUAUUGUAAAAAAUAGUUUCAAUUAAGAGUAGUAUUAGUUCAAACGAGUUUACAAGUCACUCACUAUGGGUUUCGUUAAUAUCAUUGUUUGUUUCUCAGUGUUAGCCAGUAUGAUUUCGUUCGGUUAUGGGUUACUCUAUGACACCUAUGACUAUCCGCCGCCCCCUCUGAAAAACUAUCACUACGAGACCAUAGACCAAAUUAUGAACAGCCGAGAACCAGGAUCGUAUCAGAUUAUGACAUUAGCCGAAGCUUUGCUUGGGGGCCACGUACAGCUGCGCGAUAUUGCCUUCGGUAAUGACGAACAAGAGGACGCCAUUUUAGCAAAACGCGGCUUCGGUAACGAUGUCGGCGACGAAGCAACCAGGACCAGGCAGUCUGAAACCGGCGACAGCGGGGGGUACAAUGAUUACUUGAAUAAGGCCAAAGCCGCAGCGUCGUACGCACCUCUUAUGAUCAAGAUAGCGUCGUUGUUCGUGCCAGGCCUCAACGGGUACCAGACAGCUAUGAUGGUCUUAAAUGCAGCGACCAUAACGGCCAAGGCGUUUGAAGGCUACCAAAAAGGGGAAAGCUUCACAGAAAUCGGCAUGAAUGUCGGUCCCGAUAUUUACCGAGCCGUUCUGGCGAAGCGUGGUUACGUUGACAGCUUCAAACAAGCUGUAGUACCGCGUUAUAAUUCUGUUAUAAAUUGGAUAACGGGCAGUACACCGAAUGAGGAAGUGAGCGACAAGCAGAGAGCUAACGACGCCAUCGUUAGUUUCGACCAACAAACUGCCAAUAUUAACAACGAAAAGGAAGAAAUGAUCAUGGACAACAAUAAUGCUAGAUUGAAUGCAAUGUCCGGCGAAGAAUUACUGGAACGUCUCAGAUUCAUAUCAGACAAAUUGCCAAAUCCUAAAUCCGUUGACAUUGAGGGUAGUUUUCAAUCAAUAGUACAUAACAUGGACUUACCGGGCUUAUCCAGCGAAAGAAAAACGGAAAUGGCCAGCGCCUUGUCCCUGACCACAAGGUUUAUUAUCGCACGCAUAAUGCAACCGGGAAUCGAUGAUCUGAUUUAAUUUAUUUAUUAUAAUUUCGUUUUUAUUGAUUACGAUAAUACCAUUAUUACAUUUUUUUUUAAUCUAAUCCAAAUAUUUAUAACUUCAUAUAUAUAACAACAGUUAUAAAAAAUAAUACAAAUCGGAAAGUCUAAUAAAAUAAUUCUGUAGAUCUAAUACAUUCUUACAUCCACAUCAUGGUAAAAAAACUAUUUUUUCCUAAUUGACAGCAAAAAUUUGCUAAUGUGCGUUUAUUUUGACUCCCAUCACCGUUUGUCGCCGUUUAACUUGAUCAAGUUAGAACGAAUAAAAAUAUGUCUGUCGAACAACGUGACAUUAAAUUAAUUAUAAAAAUUUAAUUCAACGUACGUAUGUUAAAAAUUAUUGUCAUUCGUACAAAUCAUAAUUUGACACUUCAUAGCAAAAGUUUACAAAAAUAAUAUAAUUACUAGUUUCCUCUAUAAAAUGAGAAAUAAAUGACCGCUGACGACAAGGGAAUUAUUUAAAAAACAAAAUAAAAGAAACAUUACUUAAUCACUAAAACUUUAAAUACUAAUAGUAUAAUUUGAUGAUUGUAAGAAA